CAAUUCCCUAGCAACGCGUGGAUCACAGGGAGUGGCGGUUGUUUCGACAUGGCGGCAGCGGCAAACUCGGUUGAAAAGUCGGAGAUAUUUUGGAUGAAUAGCGUGUCUGAUGAGGAACAGCCUUUGGUGUUUGUCCCUGGAGUUGAUGGAGGAACGAAGCCUCAGGUACCUUUCAGUCUCAGACCAGGCGGCACUGGUGCAUCCAGCCAAAGGGGGACCAAGCUCCAAGUGAGGCCAGGCUCUGACAGCAGACAUCAAGACAAACAAAAGACAAAAGGCACAAAACAGGGACACUUACAAAGCGAUUACUCUGGACCUCACACCAAGAAAAAAAUCUCAUUUCAACAACAUGUUGCUGUGCCUACUAUCCACACACUUGCUCAGCCUCAGAAUGUUUUUCACUCUUUUCCACAGACGGUCUCUGAAACUAGCAGACAGAAGGGCGAAGUCUCUUUGAAGGACCUCUGUCUUGAAGACAAAAAGCGAAUUGCAACCCUCAUUGAAGAACUAGCAAGAGUAAGCGAGGAGAAGGAUGUUUCAGUUCAACGUCUGAAAGAUGAGCAGGGGAAUUUUGAACGUAAGAUCCAGCAGCUGGAGCAACAGAACCUGAUGAUAGCACAAGAGAGAGAGAGCCUGCAGCAACAGUACAAAGAAUGCCAGGAGCUGCUCGGUCUUUACCAACAAUAUCUUUCUCAGCAACAGACGAAGCUCAACCAGUCCAUUGCUUCGCUCACUCAGCCACCAACUGCUAGUAAGGUGCUCGACAGCGAGGAAGCCCCCAGCAGGGCAUCUGCAAGCAGAGCUGAUGGCUCACUCUUUGACGGCUCGUACCUCAGCCUCGCUGCUGCUAGAGCGCAACAAGCUCCGUUGUACAGGAGUGCUAAUGCAAGAAGAGGAGCAGCAGAAAUGCCUCUACACACUGCCUCCAUCUCCCCCGAUGGUGAGUUCAUCUCCAAACAGGGGCCAGUCACACAGAGGGAGAGCAGGCAGCCACGGGCAUGCUGCACAUGUGAACGCUGCCAGGGCAGCUGUCAUGACUCUGGCUGCAGAACACAGCAGUGGAGAAGUGACAGCAGCUCCUGUCCAGUGAAUUGCCAUCAUGACACCUUUAUUGAGAAGGAUGGUGCAAGAAGUCCCAAUGGGAAACUCAGGAGUUCAGAGGAUAAAGAAGCUCUGACCAGGCCUUUGCUGGGUCACAAGGACUGGGAGGAGAAGAGGCACCAGCUGUUGCUUCAAAAGAUGCAGCUGGAGACGGAAAGGGAGCGUCUGCAGGCACGGCUGGAGGAGCAGGAGGAGAAGCUCAGCAGACAGGCUGAGCAGCUACGACAGUCACGACUUGAUUACAGGAGGAUUCAACAGCCCACUCAAGCUCAGCCCAGCAGUUCAAAUACUAUUGAUGCAGCACCAGGGGCGGAGGGUCCCUCCCACCAAGAUUUGCCCUCCAGGAUAUCGGGAGAUGCUGAGGCACAUUCAGCAGGACAAAACGUAGAUGACACAAACUCUCAGAGUCUUCCUGCUCCUUCAGUCAGUGGAAACGCAGCUGGUCUGUCAGAACCAUCCAGAAGGGACGUGACCACAUCUCAAGCACGGCCUCCUUCAGAGGUGAAGCGUUCCGCAUCAGAGUCUACAACCCAAAAGACUCCUGGGAAACUGGACUUUUCUGUGGUUGAGUUGUUGGAUAUUUUUAGUCCCGUCUCGGCCUCUGAGCAGCGCAGACCAGGUGCUCGAAGACCCAAAACGUCACGACACAAUUCAUCAACUUUUGCAGCUCCCAGACCAGUCGGUGGAGCCCUGCUUCCUCCCGGUGGGAAUUAUCCUCAAAGCUUUCAACAGGACCUGGAAGAAAGCCAAAUACUGGAAGAUAUAUUUUUCAUUUGCUAAAACAGGAUUUUACCUUUUGUAUUCAUUUUUUUUUCAAAAUCUUUAUAAUUUUUUUCUUAAUCUAAAAUGAGAAUAAAUGUAAUUUUGUAGAUUGACUUGCUGUUAUGUGCUACUGUGAUGCUUUUUAAAACACAAAUAAAUGUUUAUUUAUUCAGAACUGGCCACUUUUGCAAAUGAAAUCAUGCUUCGCCCCAGGAAAACUUUUGAACUCAGAGCUGUGUUCAUCGUCUCUGAAGACCUUGGCGAUGUGAAUGCAAACUGAAUCUCAUGACUCACAAUCGUCCAUUCGGAGUUGAGCUCAAAUGCAUUAUGCAUAAAUCCUGCUACCUCAAUAAAUCCUGGAAGUAUAAACUCCGUCGUUCCAGCAAGCUCUUCCGUUGUACUGUUUUUUCGAUAGACGUAUCGUAUUCGUAUCUAAGAGUUUGCAUUAAAGUAGAACACAAGUAACGUGCUGAUGAGGAAUCAGCAAUUGGACACCACACAGCAUGCUUUUUUCUAGACUGUGCUUUAUUAUUGGGCUAAGCUGAGACGCAUCAUUCAUUUAAAAUUACAAAAGAGGAGUCCAGCGGACCAGAGAAUGGUGCUGUCUGGAGAGACGGGGGGCGGGAGCCUAAAGCGUACUGCCCAAUCACAAGCUCAGCUCAUUAGGAACCUGGCAAAAAAGCUUAAUAUGCAACAUUCAUUACCCCCACUCCCCCAUCUGUGCUGAAAAUGGGAAAUGCAGUCGAUUUCCAGAACAUUUUGAAUAAAACCACAUGAUGUAAAAUGUGAUUCUAGCAACAUUACUGAGCAUUAGAAAUAAAACACUGAAAACAGCACAGAACAGGAACUCAGAUUUCUCGCUCUUUUUCUUUUUUUCUUCUUCUGAUGAAAUAGUGCAGUCUUCAUUGAAUUUUCUUCUUGACAGAACACAGUUGAACAAGAUCAGAGCUCUGUCAAACAUUUAAAAAUCAGCAUGAAAAAAAAAGGCUUUAAAAGCUAAAAUUCUUUUAUAUGCUACCAAGGAUUAAUAAGAGUCCAGUCUAUAUUGGAUUACAUACAGUAUUGACAGCAGGUGUGUGUUCCUCUGAUCUAAGAUGUACAGGUUAACCAGGAUUUCCUUUUGCUCCACCAUGUUGUUUUUAAAGGUUUCAGAAAUGAAGCAAAUGGUAAAAAAUAAAACAGAAGCCAGCCAUUUUGGCAUUUUUUAAAAAGAACAAAACGAACACCUCCAUUUUUAAAAAAAGAACAGUAUGAAUGUAUAAUUACAGUAUGCAUAAGGCUUUAGUGUUGUACUGCAUUGUUGUGAAUACUUUACCAGUGAAAGGAAAUCAUAAAGUCAAUGUUUAUCCAAGUUAUUUUUUUUUUUUUCAACUCAAACCAGCUACCACGUCAAAGUAGCGGUCAGAAUACGGAGCGGUGACGACAAUAGAGCUUGGAUCUGGACUCAAACAGCACAGAUAAACAAUAAAUAAAUAAAUAAUUCAAUAAAUAAAUGAUUCAAAUCUGUCUUUGACAUCACUUGGUCAUUAGGAGCUUUUCUCUUUCUUUUUUUUUCUUCUUUUCCCUCCAUCACCAAUGAAGUGCUGAAGGCAGUAUGGUCCCUCAGACAGGAACUAUGAUCAUCGGGGGGACCACAGCGGUAGCCUGUGCAUGUCAUUAUAAAAAACCAUUUGGUCACGUACCAACUCAUAGAAAAAUAAUGCUGUGAAAGCAUGCACAUAAUCUCAAACAUGACUCCUAAACAAAUAUCUAAACAAAGCAAAGAAUAGAACCAACUUUAGGUUUAAAAUUCAGUGUUUUUUGUACAUUUGUUUUUU